CGUUCCUUAUCAGAGCCCCCAAAAUAAGUAGGAAUGAGCAGUGGCUGCUCACAUUCAGCACACCUUUUCCAUUUGCUAAUAAGGCCCUGCCAGGCUGGGAGGAAAUUUUCCCUGCCUUACUCUGAAGAGAGAAGCCACUGUGAGGAUCCACAGGCACCAUGCAACUGCUUCAAGUGACCACUCUCUUUCUUCUGUUCAGUCUUUGCAGCUGUGAAAUCACCCCAGGUGCAUCUACUAAUACAUCAUCAACAACAAUUUCUCUACCAAUCACCACUGUAGUAACAACAAACUCAACGUUAUCAACAACUACUGAUAUAUUAUUCCAUAAAACAACUCCUAAAGGAGCAAUCAACAAUGAAUUAUUAAAUACAUCUCUGGUGCCAGCAACUGUUGCUUCAUCAACAUCAGUUAAAAAUGAAGGAACCCCAAUCCAGAAUGUCACAAGCAGUGAAUUCAUCACUAAAAAAGGAACAGUGUCAAACCUUCCACUUUCAAAUGUUACUUCAACAACACAAAGUUCCCAACAUAAAACUGAGAAUCAGAGUUCAAUCAAAACAUCAGAAAUACCAGAUACAUCACCUUCUAAAACCACUACAGUAUCCUCAUCAUUAAUAACAACUCCAAGAUACAUCUCCCCACAAGGCACUGAGGAUGAAAAAUAUGCAAACCCUUCACCAACCAGUCCUUCUUAUUCCAGUAUUAUUUUGCCAGUGGUUAUUGCUUUGAUUGUUCUAACACUUUCAGUAUUUGUUCUGGUGGGUUUGUAUCGAAUGUUCUGGAAGACAGACCCAGGAACACCAGAAAAUGGGAAUGAUCAACCUCAGUCUGAUAAAGAGAGUGUGAAGCUGCUCACUGUUAAGACAAUUUCUAAUGAGUCUGGUGAACACUCUGCACAAGGAAAAAGCAAGAACUGACAGCUUGAUGAAUCCUCCUUACACCUGGGCAAUAAAUAUGCUUAAUCUUCAGCUUCUGUGCUCCAGAGGUGGAAAGGGAGAAAGUUCUGCAGAAUCACUCCUGACCUCCGGUCUUGCUCUCCAGUCUGUAUCAGUAGCCUGUCACGCAAUAGUUUGAUAGAAACAAGAAUUCUGGACCUCUCCUGUCCUUUGAAAUGUAGAAAAGCAUAUUCCUUCAAUUUAUGAGACAUUUGUAGGAGAGCAAAAUUUAGGAGGGACUUUUGUGUGCAGUGAACCUGGCAGCCCGGGUAGGUGGCUCCCUGAGGAUAUGUCCUUCCCUGAAAUUUAAAGUUUCCAGAGGGUGACAGUUUUUAUCCAUGGAAACUUUCCUACUUUCUUAAUGUCCUUAUAUUACUUAGUGUUUGUAUUUAUUGUUUUCUACUAUGUUUAUGCAGGGAAUAUUUGCAAGUGUCUUAUUAAAUAUUAGGUAGAAAUCAUACCAUGCUACCUUGUACAGAUAGGUAUUUUAUUCAUAUUUUGAGGUAUUACUUUUAAUAAAUAAUUGCUGCAACUCAACACACUAAAAAAUCACAUAAAAAUGGUAAUGAUAUUGUCCUCCUAUAAUUAUGAAUAAUUUUGGAUUGAUUUCUUUAAUAGAAAAACUCAUUAGAAUUUCAGAAAGGCAUCUAUAAUAACCCGAGAAAGGGACAGAGAAUUCAUGUGUCAGACACUGCCUGGGAGAGAGCAGUUCGCCAUUUCUUUGGUCUUUCUGUUUGAAUGCACACAUGUGACAAGGAUAUAAGGGCAUUUAUGACAUGUUGUCUUGCAUUAAUUAAGAAUAUAACAGGAUCAAGAUAUUUUUCAUUAAUCUACUUGGUUGAUAAUAUUUCUGUAUUUUUUAUUUCUUUUAUAAAUGUAAAGAUUUAUUCUGUGAUCAUUGCUAAAACUCUGCUUUGUAGAAAGCUGUCACAUAAAUACAUAAUUGGGAUAUUAUUUUUCAGGGUAUCACUUUCUUAAAAAUCCCAUAUGACUUUAGCUGCCUCCCCAUCAGGAGCAAACCCUUCUGUUGAAAGCUGACUGAUCGACCUUGACCAUUUCCUGGACACAUCAGAUCAAAAUGUCAAGUUGGAUGAGGUUCUGUGAAAAGCUUUGGAACUAACAAGCUGCAGUUGUCAGCUUUUUCACUUCUAUGAUUUCUUAAGCUGAUGUCAAUGCUAAAUUAUCUUAAUGAUCUGAGGGCAAUAUGGUAGAGAUGGAAUGCCAUGUAUAAAACUGCCUUGAAAUUUUUUCUUUGUUGCAGUGUAUUUGAAAACUUUGCACUUUAGGGAUUGUAUAAUCAUCUUGAUUUUAGCUCCCUGAUAUUUGAACUAUUUCCAAUCAAGGACACCAGGGAAGCAUAUCUAUAUUUCUGGUGGAUUUCUCUUUAUGUUUCUGUGAGAAGGAAGGGGACUAGAAAAAAGAGGAAAGAUCUCCACUCCGUGUGCUUUUACUUAGGGCUGCCUUGUGCAUGUCUAAUUGUAACUUAGGAGUCUCUAAAGGAGUGAAACAUUUAGAGACUUCACAGUGAGGGAGUGUUUGUCUUCACAUGGAAAAUAGCCCAAUGUCCAUAGACUGCUCCAGUAAGCACCCCAGCAAAAACCUGUCAUAACAGAACAUCUUACAAGGAAGCAUUCUCUUCUACAGUUUAAAUUACCACAAGUGAUAUGACUUAUUAAAAAAAAAUUUCUAACUUUCAUGACCAUUAUUAGAAAAUGUUUACCAGAAUCAGGAAGAAGGAAAGCUUUUUAUGGUCAUGAAAGAAUUAAAUUCAUCCCAGUUCAAGCACUGUAUAUAAUGAAUAUGCUUGAUAUUAAUAACUAAAGCAGUUAGUCUUUAAAAAGGUCAAAGUGACAGGAGAUUGAAGAAUUUAGGGAGAUAUGCAUAGAAUUUUGUAGCAUCAUUCUCAAAGAUAACCUCAAAUGUUGGCAUUUUUAUAAACCAACUUAAACUUCUAUUGAGAUAGGAUAUUUUUUGUUUGCUGGUCAAAAUUGUCAUUAAUCAAAUUCUUUUUUCAAAUUAGAUGAUCUACUUUUAAUGCCUGACUUAUUGUGAGCUUUUUAAUCCAAUAUACAGUUCAAAUGUUACUGCAACAAAGGAAUAUAUGUAUUUAGAUCAAAGUCAAGACUUUCUAUGUGAUUGUUCUGCAUGACAAUAUGAAUAUAAUUUAAGUCUACCAAUAGUUUGAACAUAAACAAGAGCUAAUUAACUGGCAGUGUUGUCAGCUGAGAAUAAGUGGAUGUUGGCUGACACACAAGCUAUGAUCAGCCAGCAGAGAAAGACUUCUAAAUUCUCCUUGCUGAGCUGAAAUAUUCUAUUACAUAUGGCUGACAAAUCUGUUCUAUUUCUUGUCUACAUGCCACAUUUAAGUUUGUAAGGACCAACAUAGGAUAUAGUUGAAAUUUUGAUACUUUAACAAUGAACACACUAUCCUUGUCUGAUUUUUCUCAAUUGAGAUCAAUUUAUUCUCAUUAAGAUUUUAUGAGGCUCUGGGCCAGGGAUGUAACUCAGUGGCAGAGCAUAUGCCUAGCAUGUAAAGUCCUGGGUUUAGUCCUCAGAACUGGGGGAAAACAAACAAACAAAAACAAAUUCAAAACUACAAUAACAACAAAAAAUCAUAUCUUACUGGGCUCUAAAAUGAAAACUGUUUGUUUUAAAAGUUUUAUUUUGAGUAACUGUAAAGUCAGUUUUCUAUUUCACCAGGUUCCAGUAUCCAUUGAUUUGACCGAUCUCUAAUAAAAAUUAAUUGGAGAAAGAAAA